AUGGCCCACCAAGCACAUGCAUACCACAUAGUAGACCCCAGCCCAUGACCCCUGACAGGAGCAGUUGCUGCACUUCUAAUAACCUCUGGACUAGCUAUCUGAUUCCACUACAACAAAAUAUCCCUAAUAGCAAUUGGGAUAGUCCUCCUCCUAUUAACUAUGUACCAAUGAUGACGAGACAUUGUCCGAGAAGGCACAUACCAAGGACAUCAUACCCCUCCUGUUCAAAAAGGCCUGCGAUAUGGUAUAAUCCUUUUUAUUACCUCAGAAGUCUUCUUUUUCCUAGGUUUUUUCUGAGCCUUCUUCCAUUCAAGCUUAGCUCCCACCCCAGAAAUUGGUGGCUGCUGACCACCCACAGGUAUUACCCCCUUAGACCCCUUUGGUGUACCCCUCCUAAACACAGCCGUUCUCCUAGCUUCUGGUGUCACAGUAACAUGAGCUCACCACAGCAUCAUAGAGGGUGAACGAAAACAAGCCAUUCAAUCUUUAGCACUAACUAUUCUUCUAGGGUGCUACUUCACAUUCCUCCAAGCCAUGGAAUACUAUGAAGCCCCAUUCACAAUUGCUGAUGGUGUAUAUGGCUCAACCUUCUUUGUAGCCACAGGAUUCCACGGAUUACACGUCAUUGUUGGUACAACAUUUUUAGCAGUUUGUCUACUUCGCCAACUUAACUACCACUUUACAGUUGAACACCACUUUGGGUUUGAAGCAGCAGCCUGAUACUGACACUUUGUUGACGUAGUCUGACUAUUCCUCUAUAUCUCUAUCUACUGAUGAGGCUCAU